UGCGGCGCGUCGUCGAACGGAAAACUUAAUAUUAUUAACAUAAUAUGUGCGUUGGCGUGUGUGAGUUUGUGUGUAAGGAAACAAGCAGAGGCAAGAAGCACAAAUAGCAAAAGGACACGGCAGCUCCAGGCCGAUUGCAGCGUAUUUUCAGUAUUUUUCAAUUAAAAGAAGUUUUUAAUUAUAAAGCAGAGCUUUACUCUCAAAAUAAUAAAAUUAAGUGCCUGCCGCCUUGUAUUUGUUCUGCUUAACCAUGGCCUACACGAAUGGUUGAAUAUAGCAAAAGGAUUCCUCGGCACUGCCAAUUUACAAGAACAACAACUGAAAGAACGACGGCCACUCCUUUUGUGUCCGACUCCCCUUGAUGUGGAUGUGUGUGCGUGUUCGGUUCGUGUCCGCGUCCGUGUUUGUGUAUUGUAAUUGAAAAUUGUGAUUACUGUAUGAAUUAAGGCUGCAAUAUCGUAAUAAUUAAGAAAGUGGCCGGGCAAUAAAAAGUGAAAAUUUGCUGCGUUUUUUGUGUGUGUCUGCAGAAACAAAAACAAAAACAACAACUGCAACUACAACUACAGUUAGAGAUAAGAAGCUCUCACUCACACAUACACACCUACGCUACAUUCACACGCGAGCAGAACAGAACGAGUGUAGUGUGCGUGCGUGUGCCUGUUUUUAUGACUCACGGCUGGGCCAGAGUGUGGGGGAGCGAGUGAGAGAGCGUUAGUAGCUGAGCUGCUUGACUACCUACGGCAACAAAACAGUUAAAUUUCCCAAGCUGAGAGCGUAACUAAUCGCGUUUGGAAGAAAAUUCCAAAGUCUCCGCCGGAGACAAAGGAAGAACGAGAAACGAAAGAGAGUGAAAAACCGACAGCACAGAAACCCAAACAGAAAAACAUCACGAACAUGAGUUUCGCCAAGUGGUUCAAGAAAAAGGAGCAGAUCUCCGAGAUCGGUGCACCCACAAAUUUCCAGCGGCACUUCCAUGUCUCCCGCAACCAGGAAACGGGCGAUCUGGAGGGUCUGCCCGCGCCCUGGGUGCGGCUCAUGAACUCACAGAUCACCCGGGACGAGCAGGACAAGAAUCCCGAUGCCGCCUACCAUGCCGUCAAGUACUACAACUACUCGAUCAAAAAGAAGGAAACCGAGGUGUUCAAGCCCUUCAUCACCGAGGAUGUCAUCCAUGAGGAGUCAAAGGAGAUUGAGAACUAUGUCAACUACAAGAACAAACACAAGUCCCAGGAUCCGGAGAAGUCGGAUGACGAUGGCAGCUCCACGGCCACCGAAACGGAGACCAGCAGCGGCUGCGGCUCCUCCGCGGGGAACAGCAACAGCAGCAGCAUCAACGACAGCAGCCAGCAGUCCCAUGGUCCAUUGGACGGCCACAGGCCCCUCGAUGAGAUGUUUAAGGAGCUCAAAUCGAAUCUGGAGCACCGCGAAACGCUUAGGGCCGCGCCAGCCAUGUCCAACAGCCUACAGGAGCCACCGCCAGUGCCUCCCAAAAAGUCCACGCACACGAUGCCGCCCAAGCCACAGAUCAAGCCAAAGCCCCGAGUCACCCAGAAGUUCUCGCGCUCCUCCGACCUGCGACGGGAGGAUGACGACCACAAGAUCAACACAGACACCAUCAUCAUCAAGCCGGCGGCGCCGGGCCAGCAUGUCGACGCCUCCGAGGACAAUCCCGACGAGACGAUACUGCGCCGGUCCAAGGAGAAGCGGGCCCAGAAGACCGAUGCCGAGAUCUACGAUGAACUUCGAGCCAUCUGCAAUCCCGAGGAUCCGCGGGAGCGCUACAAGACCACCCAGGAGGUGGGCAAGGGGGCCUCCGGCAUCGUGUUCAUUGCCGGCGAUCUGACAAACGAGUCGCAGGUGGCCGUCAAGACGAUCGACAUGAAGAACCAGUCCUCGAAGGAUCUCAUACUCACCGAAAUCCGGGUGCUUAAGGAUUUCAAUCACAAGAACCUGGUGAACUUCCUCGAUGCCUAUCUGCUGGAGCCCGAGGACCAGCUGUGGGUGGUCAUGGAGUACAUGGACGGCGGCCCACUCACCGACGUCGUCACCGAGACUGUGAUGAAGGAACGCCAGAUCGCCUGCGUCUGCCGCGAGGUGCUCUAUGCCAUUAGCUUCCUUCAUGCGAAGGGCAUCAUCCACCGCGACAUCAAGUCGGACAACGUGCUGCUCGGUAUGGACGGGUGCGUCAAAGUGACAGACUUCGGGUUCUGUGCCAAUAUCGAGGGCGACGAGAAGCGCCAGACGAUGGUGGGCACCCCCUACUGGAUGGCGCCCGAGGUGGUCACGCGAAAGAAGUACGGCAAGAAGGUGGACAUCUGGUCUAUUGGCAUUAUGGCCAUCGAGAUGAUCGAGGGCCAGCCGCCCUACCUAUACGAGACGCCGCUGCGAGCCCUCUACCUGAUCGCUGCCAACGGACGGCCCGAUGUCAAGAGCUGGGACAAGCUGAGCCCCAAUCUGCAGGACUUCCUUGAUCGCUGUCUCCAGGUGGAGGUCGAUAGACGGGCCACCGCCGAUGAGCUGCUGAGCCAUCCCUUCCUCAACGACUGUAGCGAGGUCAAGGCCCUGGUGCCCAACAUUAAGGCAGCCAAAAAGGUCCUCCGUCGCAACGUAUAGUUAAUGUGCAAUCAUCGGGCGGCGAGGCUGCUCUACGCGUGAUCGAGGCCACCAUUACAAAAGCCCGAUCCCGAUACCCAGAGCGCCCCCUGACCAGCCCAGGCCCCUGUGUAUAAUGAGUUUUCAAUGUAAAUUUGAUUUUGUGUCGAAGAAACUGGAACUGGAAUAGAAUGCUGAUUAUAGUCUUUGUAGAAACCCCGUAAAAUAGCAAAAACAGGAACUGCAGCAGCACCUAGGACUGGAUGAACUCCCCCGUUGAAAACAGCAGCAGCAGCACGUGUGACAGCCGAGAGCAAACCAUCGCCGUGCCCGCGCACUGGAGUCUUCGUCAUCGCUCUCUCAUGCAGAACGGCGGAUGGAGCGGGAGGAGUUAUCGCUUAGAUUAGAUUGUCCUACGGCAAAAAAAUUAGCUUAUUUCGUACAUUGUAAAAAUGUAUGUGACCACAAACACACACAUAUGAUAUAGAUAUUGUAUUAUUAACUGUUUUGGACAUAAGUUGGAUUAAUCUUGAUAUACCCGUAUAUAUACAUAAUUGUGAUUUAAGCGAUUUUAUCAAAUCUGCAUUAUGCAAUUCUACAUAAAAUUCGUCGUAGUCUCUAAGUUAAAACAAAACCCUCCCACACAUACACGCGCAAACACACACAGUAAACCCCUUGCAAUACUUGUUGUAAAUUACCAAAAAAGAAAAAAAAAAAAACAAAAAAAUGAGAAAGAAUGGAGUAAAGCUUGAGACAUAGCAAGUGGAGAAAAGAGUGUAACAAGUGCCAUUAGGACUAGAGCUAGCAGCAGCAAAGCGAAAAAAAAACUAACUAGAAGCAAACAACAACACAACAAAAUUAUCUAUACAAUUUAUGUCUUUCGCGUAACGAAAACACAGAUAUCAGAUAGCAUUACAGAGAUUAGAGAACUAACAAAGAAGCAUAUGUACUAUACGUAUUAGCUGAUAUCCGCACAAUGAUCGAUUGAUUGUAAAACUUGUUCGAUAUUCCAUUUUAAUUAGUACAAACAUAAGACUAACGACAAAACAGUUUAAAUUAGAUAUCACCGUUCCUCUUCUCGAUCAAAUUUGCCAUACGCACAAGCAAAGGUUAAUGUAGUUCCAAACUGAAUAAUACGAUGAUAGACCAGGAAUUGUAAUUCGGAAGAUGGAGAAGCUGUUUUGAUAUCAGUAAUGUGUGUGUCAAAGUUAUAAAAAGAACAAAAUAUUAACAAAGAAUAUCCUUAAAGAGAGUAUAUAUGCAUACAUCCAUAGAUGUGGUAUCCAUACACUAAACCUAAUCCCAGCGGGAAAUUACGAGCAAUGCCAAAAGAGUAAUUGAAGAAAGUAAUCGUCAGCGGCACACCUUAGCCGAAAUACAUAUGUACUUCUGUUUGGCAUCCGUUUUGUGCUUAGUUUAAUUUACUUGAGGAAGCUCUUUCCGGAAACUCUAGAUUUAUCCGAAAACGUAUGCCCCUCUCCAGCUAGUCCCUCUCAACGAAUGGAAAGAGUACAUUUGAGGAUCUUUGGGUUAGCUUUCCUUACUUGUUAGUAGGAUUCUUAGUAGGGAUUAUUCUUUUACUUGCUAUUCUGAUAUUAGUAGCCAAUCGACUGCGACUGCUGCUGCUGCAGAUCGGUUCAUAGAUACAAUUUUAUACAAAACGUAAUACCAUUCAUGAUUUUGAAAGAGCUUAACCGAUUUAACGAAAAUUUACUUGAUUUUCUUAGUUUAGCUUAAAUAUGAUGAGUAUUAAUUAGGCAAGGCAACGAACGGAAGGGAAAAGAAAGUAUUCGAUGGAUGGAUGGGCCCCUGGAAGAGAGAUAGAUGGGCUUUAUUGGAAACACGAGACAUACCCGACCUUACAUAUUCGCAAAAAACGCAUUUAAGACGAAAGCAAAGAUUGCAAUUAAUAACGUAAAUAUAUAUUAUAAAAAAAGAAAGAAACUUAAGUCUUACAAAAAACGAAAAACAAAUGGUAGCAUAAAUUUUUUAUACGCAACUUUUAUUGCAAUUGUAAAGAGACGACGAGGAAGGAAGUGAAAGUAGAAGCUGACAUCAAUUUUGAUCGAUUCGUAAUUAUACAUAGUAAUAUAUACAACAAGAAUUGGCGCUAUUUCAAUUAAAACUUAAUGUAGUUCGAGACACAGAAAGCAUAUUAGAAAAGAGCAAGGCCUGGACAUGGCUUGCCGAUAAAUAAACAGUAUGAUAACAGUACGAAGAUAUGGAUAUUGGGGCGAUAACGAUAGGCGCUUUGAUGGUAGCUUCAUUGUUCGGUUACCGUUACGUUACGCACCGCAACGCACAAAAAGUAAAAGAAAUUCCACAAUAAGUUUUUAUGUUUUUCUACAAAAUGCACAUGUAUUUUUUUUGCUUGCAAAAAACCUAAGUCGUAAUCGUAUAUUGUCUACUCUUAUUUAGAAUUAUUUUGCAAUCUAGCAUUUAAAUGUAAUUUAAACACACACAGAAAAACAUUUAGUUCUUGUCGUCCCACCACUUUUAUCAUUGAGGCCGACAAUGCCGAGAUGUGCCCCUCGCACCAUUGUAUGUAUUUAGUUUAGUCCGCUGCACUGUAAUUUUUAUUUUGUGUUGUUAAAUAUAUCGUUAUUUACUUAUUCGA